UUCAAGUCUACCUAUCUGAAGCUUCACCACCAAUCUACGGUCUUCAUCGCUGUCAGGGCCGUCAAUUCGUCUUUUUACGGCCUCGCUCAUAGUAGCGCUUCCAAUUCACAAUGGCCAAAUUCUCAGUGUCACCGGCGACUCUCUCGCCUCUACGAACAACACUCUCAACACCAUGCUCACCAACCCGCCUCUCCCUCGGCCAAGUCCGUCAUGCCACAUUCAUUCCUCGACCACGCCGACCAUACACAUUCACUCAGCUCGUCACUCUAUCCGACGGCUCCUCAUACACCAUGCGAACGACUUCACCACUGCCCAUUUACCGCGCUACAAAGGACACACGCAACACAUUGCUGUGGCAGCCAUCUGAGAAGUCACUCAAGAACGUCGAGCUUGAUGAGGCCGGUAAAUUGGCUGCUUUCCGAGAACGUUACGGCCGUGCCUAUGAUGCUUCUCACGCUGAGGAGGGCGAAGGUGAUGCUGAGGCAGCUGAUGAAGGUUAUGCGGAUCUUAUCACUGGAUAUGCGCCAUCACAAGAUGCGAACGCUAUGAGGGAUUCAGGACCUAAGAAGCAGGCUAAGAAGAGAAAGUAAACAAUGAUACAAUGUUGUUGUUAAUAGAGGAGGAACCGCUAUCACAAAAACCGUAACGACCCAAUACCAACUUGGGGUGGAAAUGAGUCUUGUAUAAAUUACUAUUGAGGACAUCCGAGAAUUGGAAGCAUGAGAUGGAUGGGGGGUGGUUCGAUAUGUACAACAGCUAUAAA